AUGAAGCUUUGCGAGCAGCCGCUACUACGCAAUGGCGUGCCCACGCCCGAGGCAGGCACGUCAGCAGAGGACGGAUCUGCCCCCGAAGGUCAUCGCGAUGCUGCUGCCAUGCUGCUCAUAAGGCUUGGCCGCUCGCCCAAUGAGAGAAUCCACGUCUCCCCCAAGGACGACUCCAGGGUCCUCCGACGCAUCGACUUGGCCCUGCUCCCGCUCAUGCUCUCUGUUUACUUUCUCCAAGCUCUCGACAAGGCGACGCUCUCGUACGCGUCUAUAUUCGGCCUCAUUGAAGACAUAAAAUUGGUUGGCAAUCAGUUUUCAUGGCUGGGGAGUAUUGUCUUUCUAGCCCAGCUCGUCAUGCAGCUUCCUUUAGCCCUCGCUCUAGUAAAGCUGCCCAUUGGCAAGUUCACCGGCGCCAUGGUCCUCGGCUGGGGACUCACCUUGACCGCCAUGACGUGGGCGAGCACCUUUUCACAGCUCAUGGCCGCAAGAUUCUUCCUGGGCGCUUUUGAGGCCUCCGUCGGCCCCAGCUUUGUAGCCAUCACUCAGAUGUGGUGGCGAAGAAGGGAGCAGACAAUGCGAAUCGGAUCGUGGUACUGCAUGAAUGGUCUGACGUGGGUAUUCGGCAGUCUGGCCACCUACGGGCUCGCCAGCAUCACCUCCAGCCUGCGACCCUAUCAGAUCAUUUUUCUCACCUUUGGAAUCGUCACUGUCGUCGUGGCCGGCGCCAUGUUCAUUUGGAUGCCCGAUUCACCCACCGAGGCCAAGUUCUUGACCGAUGACGAUAAGCUAAUCGCAAUCGAAAGAUUGAGAGGCAACCAAAUGGGCGUCAUGUCUCGAGAAUGGCGGCAGGCGCAUUUUUACGAAGCGCUGCAAGAUGUAAAGACGUGGCUCUGGGUGGCCAUGAUCUUGUGCAUCUCGGUGCCCUCAAACGGCAUCUCAACCUUUGGUCCCCUCAUCAUCCAUUCAUUUGUUUCUGACCCUUUCGACACCAUUCUCUUCAACGUGCCGGUUGGCAUCUCGCACGUCAUAGCUGUUUCUGUCAGUGCAUAUGUGUCAAUGAAGUGGAAGGUCAAAGGUCUCGUCAUCAUUUUGCUAUGCAUUCCGCCCAUUAUCGGCUUCAGCAUUCUACUGAGCUUCCCGCACGACGAUGCUCAUCGCGCCAUCUUGCUUGCUGGCUACUUUUGCCUUUCCACCUUUACUGGUAUUACGCCGUUGGUUUAUUCGUGGUCUGCGCAAAAUACCGCGGGAGACACAAAGCGAAAGUCGACUUCUGCGCUGGUAUUCAUCGGGUCUUCUGCAGGCAACAUUAUUGGCCCGCUACUGUUUACACCAGACGAGGCGCCAUCGUACAGUCGAGGUCUGAAGACGAACAUUGCUCUCUUCAGCGCAGUUAUUUUGCUCGCUCUGCUUACUUCGGCCCAUUUAAAGUGGUUGAACAGGAAACAUGCGGAACGCCGUGUUGCCUUGGGUAAGAAGGCAGUCGUCUUUGAUUCCAGUCUCGAGACGGCCCGUGAGGUCGACCGCAUGGGUACGAUACAGGGGGAUUGGGAGAGGGAUACACGCCUGCACAAUGGCGAGCUCGGCUCCAGUCUAGAUCACCCGGAAGGACAGAAUUCUGACUACGAAGAGGAAAGCCCAAACAGUAACGCUUUUGCAGACCUUACUGAUUUGGAGAACGAAGACUUCAUCUUUGUAUUCUAA